AUGAAUAACGAUGAUGAACUUGAAAUCUUUUAUAAUCAAAACAAACAAAGUAAAGUUGAAGUUGUUUCCAAAAAAAAUAAUCCAAAGGAAACAAAAAGCAGUAAAACAAAUACUAUAAAUGAAAAAAAUCUUAAUUCAAAUCAUAUAGAUAAGAAUUAAUAAUAAUAGUAAUCAAAGACAAUUCCUAUGAUUUCUAUGAAAGCUUUUAUAUUUAACUUUAAAAAGUUUUAUAAAGAAAAAACUAAAAUCAGAAAUUUGAUUAGUGAAAACUCUGCAAAAUAAAGAAAUAUUAGUCUUUGUAUUUAUCUAAGAAAUUAUUUUGUAAGUUAAUAUUUCAUAUUUAGAAUAGCUAUAAAAAUAUUAAAACUAUGUUAUUGUAAACUAAAAUUCAGGAAGUGAAAAUGUUAUAAAGAUUUGAAGAAUUAGCAUUUAGAAAUAUUGCUGAAUAAGAAGAUACAAGAAUAUAUGUAAAAAAUUAAGAGACUGAUCAAAUUGCAGCAAUGUGUAGAGAAUCACUUUAAGAACUCUUCUUAUAAAAGGAGAGUGCCUUUUAUGAAAAAAGAGUUAUCUGUAGAUAUUUAGGCACUCUUCUUUCUAAUGAGAAUUAUACACCUGUAGGUUAUCCAGAUUUAAUUAAUAAAUAUAAAGAUUAAUAGGCUUUGAAUUCAAUAUAUUUAUAAACUGUUGGUAAUUUUAUUAAGAAAUUUUCUACAUAAAUAAAAGGAAAUUAUUUUAAAUUAGUUGAUAUUGCUCAUUUUUUAUAUGAAUAAAAAUAUAGAAGAUCUGAUGUAGAAUAAAUUAUGAAAUUUAUUUAGAAAACUAAAGAAAUUUAUAAUAUUUCAUAAAAUAAAGAUAAAUCAGCCUAAAUAGAUGGUGAUAGACUUUUACCAUUUGAAUUAAUCACUAAUGCUUUUAAUAUACUGUCUAAUAAAGAUAAAACUAAUUUUGAUCUUAUAAAAGAAUUAUUAAACAAUAUAAGAUUCUUAAUAAAUGAUUAAAUUAAGAUUGAUACUGUAGAAAGAGUAUAGAAAGUAAUGGAACAUAAUAUUAUUGGAGAUUAUAUUUAUAGAUACUUUUCAGAUUUAGAUGAAUAAAUAUCUAGUUUAUUAACUUAUAUAGAUUAGAUUUCAUAAUUAUUAUGUUCUAUAGAAAGUUUAAAUUUAUCAACAAAAUAAGAUUAAUUAGAAGUUUUAUUAUGUUUCAUUCAUAAGAUUUAAGGUAAUUAGAUUGAAGAAAAGACUGCAAUAAUGGCAUAAAAACAUUCAACAAUACUUUCAGAUUUGCUUAAUCAAUUUGAAUAGACAGUUGAGGAUUCAAAAGUAAAUAAAGACAAAAAAUAAAAAUAACCAGCUCCUCAAUUCUAAAUGCCUAAUGUAAAACAAGUUUUGUAUGAAGAUGAUCUAAGAGAUGAAUAAAUACUAUAAAGUAAUAUUGCCAAUCCAUAUAAAUUAUCAACUAGUGAUUUACCAAUUAGAAAACCAAAGGUGAUUAAUUUAAAUUAAAUUAAACCAUAAGUUAAUUAAGUACCUGUUAAUGAAUUAUAAGAAGCAGAAGAAUUUGUUAAUGGUUAUAUCGAAAAGGAUUAUGAUAAAGAUGAACUCAUUUUAUCUUAAAUUUAAUCAUAAAAACAAAAAAAUUAUGAUAAAAAGGAGAAUACAUAAUUUGAUUCUAUAUAAAGAGAUUUAUUAUAUGAAAGAGAAUUUGAUAAACUUAAAGAAAGUUCAAAUGCCAAAUCUAAAGAUGAAAUGAUAUUAACUCUUAAGAGUUAGAUUAAGAAUUUAAAAGAUUAAGUUCAAUAGUAUUAAAAAUGA